CUCGCCGGACUGAGCCGGCAAAGCCGUUCGAAGCAGCGCGGCGAUCCUCAUGGUGCUGGGACAGGCCGGCGGGGAAGGCGCCGCCGGUCCCACCGCAGACGGGCCAGAGGCAGCGGAGCGAUGGGAGCUCAGGCAGAAGGAACCCGGCAACCGGGAGGAGGAGGACGGAGGUGUCCCGGAGCAGCCCGGCCCUUUUCAGGUUCACGACAUGGAAGCGGCGGGUGCUGCCAAGCCGGGCGGCGAGAGCUCCUGCCCCUCCUGGACCUGCUACAGGAUACCCGGAAUAAAGAAGAAAAAUGGAUGUCCAGGGCUUGGCUUGUUCUAUACAUUAUUAUCUGCCUUCCUGUUCUCUGUUGCUUCUUUAUUUCUAAAGAAAAUUGAAGAUGUUCAUUCAGUGGAAAUCAGUGCUAUUAGAUGUGUUUUUCAAAUAACAUUUGUUCUUCCUGGAUUAAUAUACUUCAAAACAGGAUUCCUAGGACCAAAGGACAAGCGAAUGUUUCUUUUCCUCCGAGGAUUGCUUGGCUCUGGUGCAAUGAUCCUUGUUUAUUAUGCUUUCCAAGUGAUGCCUCUUGCUGAUGCUACCGUCAUUACCUUCAGCAGCCCAGUUUUUACAUCCUUCUUUGCCUGGAUCUUCCUCAGAGAGAAAUACAGUCUCUGGGACCUUCUUUUCACUCUGAUUACAAUCACGGGAGUAGUGCUUAUAGCAAGGCCACCUUUUCUGUUUGGAUCCAGUGUUCUUGACAUGGAAGAAAGUUACACAGAUCACCUUAAAGGAACCAUAGCAGCCAUUGCAAGUGCAGUAGCCGCUGCCUUAACUUUUGUGAUCCUAAGAAAAGUGGGAAAAUCUGUCCAUUACUUUUUGUCUAUUUGGUAUUAUGCAAUAAUUGGGCUGAUUGUGUGUAUAAUAGCACUUUUUAUAAUGGACGCGUGGACUUUGCCCAAUUGUGGUAUAGACAGAUUUCUCCUAAUAUCAAUUGGAUUGUUAGGACUUGGUGGUCAGAUAUUUCUUACUAAAGCAUUACAGAUUGAAAAAGCUGGUCCUGUUGCUAUAAUGAAAACCAUGGAUGUGGUGUUCGCUUUUAUUUUUCAAGUCCUUUUUCUUAAUCAUAUACCAAGAUGGUGGACAGUGGGAGGUGCUCUUUGUGUGGUAGCCAGUAGUUCUGGAACAGUUAUCCGCAAGUGGUAUCAAAAUUCCAAAAGAAGCACAGAACAGAAAAUUUAAACCACUGCCAUUGUUAAACAGAACAAAGUAUUAUGAUACUUAUUUUAAAUAAUUCAUCAGUUGGCCAGUUCUCUUAACUAUGUGUUCAUUAUCUAGGUAAGAAUCCUCACCAUAACCAGCUUGUUUUAUAUCAGGGAUGAAUCUAAACAAGAAGAAAUAUUGUGUUUUGUGUGCCAAAUUUGCCUUGUUUAGCAGCCUUUGUGCCUUGCAAAUACAGCAAUUUCAUGACAAUUUCAUGAGUAUUUUAUUCUUUAGGUUAAAAAAAGUUGCAAAACCAAAAUGCCACAAGACUUGCCUAAGUGUUUAGAAAAUAGGUUUUGCAACCUAACUGUAAUUUCUUAUGUAAAGCAUCCCUGUUUUCAUACAGCUGAUUCCUUAGCGCCAAUUUAUGCACGAUAAAAACUAUGACAAAGGAAGCACUAUGAAUUUGCAUAUCCUCCUUCUCUACCUCUUAUAACUUGAAAAGCAUAACCAAACUCUUAACUUCUAAAUCAUUCCUAAAGUGGGAUUUGUAAAGUAUAGAAUUACAUGUUAUUUCACAAAUUAAAUUGAAAUAGAUGCAAUUUUGGUUUCACAGAGGAACUGGGAAAAAGUCAGUCAUUUAUGCUGUAUUUUCCAAUUUUCAUUCAAUAUGUUAUGUUUAAUAUGUUGGUUGCAACAUCUGAAAAUUGUUUUUAGUCCAUUGUCUUCUACAGGGUAAAUAUAAUUGGCUAUAAUAUGCCAGUUGCAGCAGAUAAUGAUCUGUAAGUGCUUUGGAUAUAAACAUGAGGUGCUUCCACUGUGCCCACUUUGAAUUUUAAUUUAGGUAACUUUACAUUUAUAUAAACUAAUUUGACUGCAUAUGAUAUUGUAUGACUGAAUCAUGCAGGUCACAAUGUUAAAAUUACACUGCAUCACAGCUUAUAAACUUUUAAAAUAUAAAGUAAAAUUACACAUAUUGUACAAAACUUCCUUUUACAAUACUCAGAGCAUCAGUUUUAUUAUUUUAGUGUAGUACAUUAACUAAAUUCAGAUUGGUCUCUUCAGCUGCAAGUGGGAAAAUUAAGUCUUGUUUCUUUUUGUGCAUUAAGUCUUUAUAGAACAGAUUUUUUAUUUAAAAAGUUAUGAAUACUUUUGAUAUAAUUAUGUCUUUUAUUUUGUUUAAACAUUUUAUUGUAUUUGUAGAGAUGUAAACUAUGUGUCUUAAAUAUAUUACUUCUGAGUAGAAGGAGUGAAAGCCAUAUUGUGUUACGGUUGUGUGCAAUGUUCUGUGCAUGGAACAAUUGUUUUUGAUGGCCCAUACCUGAGUUGACCCAUUUUGAGUAACCCAUUUUGGGGCUCUGUACAUGGGGGGGGGGAGGCAAUUUUGAUCCUGGAAAAAGGAAUUGUGGGUGAGGGUGAGGAGGCCUGAGGAGGAGGCCAAGGAUGGAAGCAACUAAACAACAGAAAUGGGAAGCACAGACUGGACCAUGGAGACACUACAUGGGCCAACUGAGAAGAAAGAGAAGACCCUUGAUAGGGCAGUGGGCUAAUCAGAUAUGCUGUGCUAGAAGCUGAUAAGGGGAGAGAGGAAAGGAUACCAGCUUCCCUAUUUACCUUUAAUUUCACCUAAGCCAUGAAACAAUCAAAGUGGUCCAGGGUUUGGGUCUACUCAACCACAUAUGGUCCAGAAUAGUUCAGUAGAAAUUUCAGAAUGUGGGAGUUUGUUCUGAGUUUGAAAGCAUUUUCUUCUUUUCAUGCAUACCUUCCUUCUACUCAACUACUAAAAUUCAAGUCAAGGAAUAAAUUGAAUGAAAUCCCCCAACAUCUGUUUGCCAACAGAUGGGACAUCCUUGAUAGAACAUUAUCUCUGUCUUACUACAACUCCCUCUUGUGUCCUCCAGAGCUGCACUACAGAUACGUACUGAAUGGGGAGAAAAGACAGGAGAAAUCACUUGGUCAGGAAGAUGUCUGCUUGCUCAGUGUAUAGCGGAAGCCAACAAUUACUUGUGUCAAGGGCCAUUUCUUUUCAGAGAAACAGAUUGUAGCCUUCUGCAAUACUAUGCAUUUAAAAAAAAUAUUUAAGUAAUAUUCCUGUACAA